AAUUGCACUGUCACUUUUGUAUUGUUUUUAUUUUUAUAUUUCAUUUUUAUUGUUGUUAAUUAAUUCUUAAUGUGUUUUUAAUCUCAAUUUGUGUAACUGUGUACGGUGUCCUUGAGUGCCAAGAAAGGCGCCUUUAAAUAAAAUGUAUUAUUAUUAUUAUUAUAGAAGUGAAACUUAUUUCUUUACAAGUGUUUCUCUAACAGGCGUCCCAUGUUACACCUUAGCAACAGUAACUAAGGGGGGAGGAGCGUCGCGAGCUCAGGCUCGAACGAGUUUCCAGUGACCGCGAGACGCGGCGAGAUCGAGAGUUAAAGUGGCGCCAACAGACAGAGUCCAGCACAAAGAGACCAGAGAGACCUGGACCAGGACAAGACCGAGAUGAAGGAAGAGAACCAGGACCCGGAUUUCAUCGGCCAAACCCGGAUAAAGGAGGAGAACCAGGACCCGGAUUUCGUCGAUCAGACCGGGAUGAAGGAAGAGAACCAGGACCCGGAUUUCAUCGGCCAAACCCGGAUAAAGGAGGAGAACCAGGACCCGGAUUUCGUCGAUCGGACCGGGAUAAAGGAGGAGAACCAGGAUCCGGGCUGGAGCCUGGAGGCCGCUGGUCCCGCCGGUCUACAGAAACAGAGUCGCACUAAAGAGAAGCUGCACAGCUGUGACCACUGUGGGAAGACGUUUACCACUUCAACGAAUUUAAAAAUCCACCAACAUAUCCACAGCGGAGAGAAACCGUACCGCUGUGAGCAGUGUGGCAAAGCUUUUACAACGACGAGUAGUCUACAAAUCCACCAACGUAUUCACACCGGAGAGAAACCGCACACCUGUGAGCAGUGUGGCAAAGCUUUUUCUCGGGCGUAUCGCUUAAAAAGACACCAACAUAUCCACAGCGGAGAGAAACCACACACCUGUGAGCAGUGUGGGAAAUCCUUCAUUGAACUAUGUUAUCUGAAAGAGCAUCAGGUCCUUCACUCUGAGGAGAAAUACACCUGUGAUCAGUGCGGAGGGACGUUCAACUCGCCACGUUACCUGAAAUUCCACCAGCGAUUACACGCUGGACACAAACAGCUGUACAGCUGUGACCAAUGUGGGAAAGCUUUUACACUGAUAAGUAGUUUAACAGUUCACAGACGUGUUCACACCGGAGAGAAACCGUACAGCUGUGAGCAGUGCGGCGAGCUCUUCUCCCGGACAGGAAGUCUGAGACACCACCGCCGCCUUCACACCAGAGGGAAAUCACCCCACUGAUCACUGUGGGAAAACUUUCAUCAGCGCCAGGAAACUGGACCUUCACCAACACGUCCACACCAGUUAGAAACAGUCGGGGUGAUGCUGGCGCUCGACCUCCUCCAGAGAAAGACUGUGACGUGUGGAGGGGGGGGGGGCUGAAGUGGUUCUGCUCAUGUGACCUACGUUAAAGAUGGUGGACAGUGAAGGAGGCGCCUGGUGGGGUCCACCUGUCUGAUUCUGUCUGUGGUGUCGGGCACAGACGCACCAGUGUGAAUGACGAGAGUCAACGGACGUUUAAUCCACCACUUUGAACUCUGGGAAACUGCACUGGACAUUUUCCACUGUUGCAGCAGCUGAAACCGACUUUCCACUGUGAUUUCAUCUUAUUUCUCUUCUCUGUAAAGAAUGAGAUGUUCGUCCUAAUGAACGACAUGUUUUAGUCUUUUAGAAAGUCAUGUGUGAUUUCUCUAGAUAUAUAGUUUCCUUGAGAGUGAGUGUUUUGGCCUCAGUGUGAGUAACCCUCUGCUUCCUGGCCUCUGCGUGGAUUGGUCUUUAAGACCUUUUAUUUUUCUCACUUUUAUUCUGCAUCAAACAGUGUUUAUAUGGAUUAAUCAAUUAGAUCAAUACGAUUCUGCUUCUUCUGACACUUCUGUAAGUCUUGAGUUCAGAAAGUCAUAGAUUAUCAGACGUAGAUUUGACCUGUUCUCCAGACAA